AUGGCCUUUGCCCAACUUUCCUGCGUAUUCUGGUUUAUCGGAGAUAUACAAAUCAACGGCCACGUACAUUUAGCCAGCAACGCCAUUUUGACAAACUGCAAAGGCAUUGGUAUCUGGGUCAGAGUGCUCCUGGGCGUAUGCACGGUAAGUUCCUUGAUAGCUCUGAGAUCCUACGGACUCUACCGCGUAUUCAGACAAAACCGACCAUACCGUGGCUGGGGACUCUAUAUGCCGUUCUUUAUAUACUGCGUGUGCACACUGGUCUACGGAAUUAUCGCACAGGUCCUCAGCCCUUCUGUCACUGUAGAGUACAUUCAAUCAUUGGAUAUUUGCUACUGUCCGACGCCGUUCCGUGCUGCGCUUUACGGGUACAUCUGGGUAACCUGGAUGUUUGUCGCUCUGGUGAAUUGGAAAAUCCGUAAUAUCAAAAGCUCAUUCAACGAAAGCCGCGAAAUGGCAUUCUCUUGUUUUGUGGUUUUUGUCAUUCUCACGUUUUCCACCGCCCUGCACCUGUCAAAGCCCACGGACGAACUCGUGUGGUGGGCAAUAAUGGGAGUUCCGCUGGGUAACUGUCUCUUCAAUCGCCGGCGGUAUUUAGAUAAAUGGGCGGUAAAGUUGCGCGAAGAUGGGUUGCAGAAUGAAUACGAUUUGUCUGAUACUCUUUGUGAGCUGCAGAGAUCAUUUGAAUCCCAGGAUGAUAUGUUCUUUGCGAAUGAUCGGACGAUAAUGAUGCCUGUGGGUGGUGGGGUUUCGCGGAUGGUGUCGAUUAAAAAACAUGGAGGCAUGUUUGCACCUAAUAGGAUAAGCGUGAGACCACCGUCGGCGGUGUUUCCUAGACGAAUCCAGCAGCAGCAGCAGCAUCAGCAGCAAGUGGUUGAGGCGAGAGUUGCGGCGAACGUUUGGGCGUGGAUCUAG